GUAUCGGGGCAUGAAAUCCCAAAUCCAUAAUUCUUUAAUGGCUUCUGUGCAGCCACGCACCCUCUUGGAAACUAUAAAUCACCUGAACCGCCGCCCUGCUUAUGCCGCCCACUUCCAAACAAAAACCACACAUCUCUUCGACCUCCCUACCUCCCUACCUCCCAAAUCCACCAUGAGCCCCAACACCACCUCCGACGACGAUGAACUCAUCUACGACAUGAUCUCCAUGAUGCGAGCUUACCGCAGCGGCCGCGUGGAUCGCUUCGAACCCUUCGAAUUCCUCCCCCCUUCCAUCGACCCAAUCACCGGCGUCCACUCCAAGGAUAUCACCCUCAAUCCCACCAACGGUCUCUCCGUCCGCUUCUACCGGCCCCCCUCCAUCCCCUCCAACGGCGACCAGAAUCACCCUAUCCUAGUCUUCUACCACGGCGGCGGUUUCUGCCUCCACCGCCCCUCCUCCGCCCACUACCACAAUUACCUCAACCACCUCACCUCCAAAGCCAACAUCGUCGCCGUAUCCGUCGACUACCGCCUCGCACCAGAACAUCCCCUCCCCGCCGCCUACGAAGACUCCUGGGAGGCCCUCCAAUGGGUCAUCGCAAGCAGGGGAAGUUCGGACGGAGUCAUCCUCGCCGGAGAUAGCGCAGGGGGGAACAUCGUGCACAAUUUGGGGAUGAGGAUGGGCAGCGAGGGGAGGAAAGUCGAAGGUAUUGUGCUUCUGAAUCCUUAUUUUUGGGGGGAGGAGAAGAUUGGAGUGGAGCUGGAGGGAAAAGAGGGGUCGUUUCUUAAGGUGAAGGAUUUGGAUCCGGCGUGGGAGUUUGUGUGUCCGGGGACGAAGGGACCGAAUGACCCGAGGAUUAACCCGGUGGCGGAAGGGGCUCCGGGAUUGGAGCUGCUGGGGUGUAGAAGAGUGCUGGUGAGCUGCGGGGAGAUGGAUUUGUUGGUGGAUAGAGCGAGGAUUUAUGGUCAGAAAUUGAAGGAGAGUGGGUGGGGAGGGGAGGUGGAGUUUGUGAUGGCGGAAGGGGAGGAUCAUGGAUUCUUUUUUCUUUAUCCGCAGAAUGAGAGGGCGGUGGUGUUCAUGGAUAGAUUCGUUGCUUUCUGCAACAAUGUCAAAGUUUUCGUAUGCUUCUGAAUAUUAGGUGCGGAGUUGGAGUUGGAAUUGGGGUUGGGGUUGGAGUUUGUAUGCAUCUGAAUAUUUUUAGGGCUUUUUAUAUAAUUAUGUUGUACGAUGAGUACCUAAUAUUUUACCUAUGAAAAA